AUGAAUUUGUCUGCAGAUGAGGCUCAGGCCGACACCGGCCAGCCGCUCACCAAGUAUUACUUUGCCUAUGGUAGUAAUCUUCAUCUACAGCAGAUGAAACGAAGAUGUCCUGGAAGCAAAUUCAUCGGCUCUGGGAAGCUGGCAGAUCAUCGUUGGCAGAUCAACGAGCGUGGAUAUGCCAAUGUUAUCGAGUCUCAAGGACAUUGGGUUGAAGGCCUUGUUUAUGAGAUCAAUCCCCGCGAUGAGGCUCGUCUUGACAUCAACGAAGGUGUUUCCAAGGACGCAUACCAGAAGAAGUACAUGACUAUUACGCUACGGCGUGCUGAAGCCGCCUUAUAUCGCCGACCUGUGUCUUGGAUUGUCAACAAUGGUGGCCCAGACCACGCACGAGUCCUUGCCCAGCAAGGGGAAGGGCAGAGAAAGGCCAUCAACCACAAGCCACAUUUGGAACAGAACAUCUUGGUAUACAUAAGUCCAAGAUACAUUGUCGAUAGCGAACCAAAAGAGGAGUAUAUCAACAGAAUCAACUCAGGCAUUGAUGAUGCCACAUCCUUAGGGGUCACCAACGACUAUAUCAGCAACUGUGUCCGACCUUUCAUUCCAGCACCGACUGGCCAAACCUCAGGAGACAAAGGAGCAACUGGAAUCGCGAAAGCUACCGGACCACCGAAGCCAAAAGUUGUGAGAAAAGUUCCGAAUCCCGCAAAAAAGGUGAAGCAACCUGCCCGCGAGGUCAAGCGAGCAACGCCGCCCAGAGGGAGAGAUUCAUCACCGCCGAACAACAGGGCACCUGGCCAAAGACCCCUACACCUUCAACCUCAGGUGGUUCAAGGUCCGCGCUGGACCAGGAAUGCCGCCUCGAAUGUGCCCGAGAGGCUCGGGCGGCCUUCACAGUCACGGCCAUCAGCACCAUCACUUCCCCCAAGGCCACUCGCGCCGCAUUACCCAGGAAACACUCUACAAGUCCCUGUUCCUGGUCGGCGGCGACCUGCAUCAGAAGUUGGCGCCCCACCACCGCCUCUCCCUCCUCGGCCAACCCGUCGAGUUCGCAGUAUACCGGUAAUCGUUACUCAUCAGGAAGGUUAUGGUGGUUAUUGGUAUCGAUAA